AUGGCAUCCGCAUUCCAAUCCGCUAUCCGGCGCUCAGCCAGCACUAUAUCCUCCAAAGCCAUCAAAACACCAACCCGCCAAUUCCUCCGCUCAACCUCGGCCCUCCCGCACUCCGCAACAACCCGAGGCCUAACCUCCCUCUCGCGCCGAAGCGCACUCACAGCGCAGAACAAGCAAUAUCAAAUCCAAACCCAACAGACUCGAGCCCAGAUCCGCUGGUCAAGCAACCAGUCCAAGCCCGAAGCUGACCCUGAACAAAUUAACUUCCGACAAUGGGGAUUUGAAGAGAUAACAGCAACCCUCCCAUCAACCUCGCCCUCCCCAACCCACACCCCAAUCCUAAUCGACGUCCGCGAACCCGCCGAACUAGCCCAAGGAAUCAUCCCGCACGCCCUAAGCAUCCCACUCGCCUCCCAGCCCGACGCAAUGUAUCUCACGCCAGACGAGUUCGAGAUGCGCUUCGGGUUCCCCAAGCCAUCUGCUGAUGGCGAGACGCAGCUUGUCUUUUACUGCAAGGCUGGUGUGCGCGCUGAUGCUGCGGCCCGGUUGGCUGUUCAGGCUGGGUAUGAUGCUGAGAAGAUUGGGGUUUAUCAUGGGAGUUGGUUGGAUUGGGUUAAGAAUGGGGGGAAGGUUGAGGUUUGGGAUGGUGAUCAGUAG